UGUCAAAUGUUGUUUACAAAUUUACUUCCAGCGCGUAGUUAUUUAGUUUUUCUUCUCCACUGAAUUGGUAUGAAAAAUAUGGUGAAUAUUAUAGAUGUUGACUAAAAGCUGUGUUUUGAAUGAUAAACAUUUAUAUGUUCUGUUCGUUUUUCUCAUGAGCACUUAUAUACGUUUCCAAUCUCUAAUCGUAAAGUAACUAACUUCCAUUUAAAUCAUCUCUGUUAAUGGCAGCAAAAUAUUCUUAUCGUAUGCUUGUUUCUAUGAAAAGAAAUGUUAAAAAUCAUAGAAACUUUCAAAGAUUGUAUUCUGUUUCUCAUAUUUUGCCUCAAAAUGUAACUGCUCAAACAUUUUCAAAGCGCAAUGAACAAGAAAACUUUGAUACCCUCGGAAUAUGGGAUAACAGGAUUGACCUUCCUCUAUUGCUACAAGCUAGCAUAAAACAUGGAAAACCGAUACCAAAAAUAUCUGUAGAAAAUGUUGGAACUGCUAGUGUUAUAGGUCGCCGAACAACUAAUGAAGACCGGUACAGAUUAAAGGAAUUAAAGCCAGAUCUGUUAUACUUUGCUGUAUUUGAUGGUCAUGGAGGAUCAGAAUGUGCAGAUUUUUGCUGUGAACAUAUGGAAGACAAUAUUUUAUACUGGUUAUCUCGUGGAGAAAAAGACUUAGAAACAAUUCUUCAGUAUUCUUUCCAAGAAGUAAAUAAUGCAUAUGCUAGGCAUAUAAUAUUUAAUUGUCCAGGAAAAGAUGCUACUACAUCUGGUACAACUGCUACAGUCUGCCUUUUAAGAAACAGUGUAGAAUUAGUGGUUGGACAUGUUGGUGAUAGCAGAGCUCUACUCUGUAGGAAUGGAGAUGUGAAAAAAUUAACCACUGAUCACACAGCUGAUUUGAAAUCUGAAAAAGAAAGAAUCUUAAAAUCUGGCGGAAUGAUUAAAGUGGAUAACUUAGGUAGAAGUCUAGUCAAUGGAAGAUUAGCAAUGACACGAAGCUUAGGAGAUUUAGAUUUAAAACCUUUUGGUGUUUCAGCACAAGCAGAUACAAGAUCUUUAGAAGUAAAACAUGGGAAAGAUUCAUUUUUGAUCUUAACAACUGAUGGAGUAAAUUUUUCAAUGAAUGAUCAGGAGAUAUGUGAUGCCGUAAACACCUGCAACGAUCCGGUUGAAGCUGCCGGUUUCGUUACAGAUCAAGCCUUACAGUUUGGUUCAGAGGAUAAUGCUACAUCCCUUGUAGUGCCGUUUGGUGCUUGGGGUAAAUAUCAAAACCAUAAGAAAACUGCCCUGAAUUUUGGAAGGAGUUUGCUGAGAAGUAACCGUUAUUGAUGAGACUCGGACAGUUAAUAUUUAUUUCUCAGGUGUACAGGUGUUAUGUUAUUGAAUUUUAUGUAGUUAUGUAAUAAAACUUU